AUGACUCCACUUUAUGCCGCAGCACAAUAUGGUCAUUUAGAUAUCGUCAAAUUCUUCAUAUCCAAGGGAGCUGAUGUGAACGAAGAAGAUGACAAAGGAAGGAUCACUCUCCAUGGUGCAGCUAUUCGAGGCCACAUUAAAGUCAUGGAAUAUCUAAUUAAGCAAGGAUCUGAUGUGAACAAGGAAGAUAACACUGGGUGGACAGCUUUCAAUGCUGCUGUUAAAGAGGGCCGUCUAGAAGCUGUCAGAUAUCUCAUAACAGAAGGAGCAAAGCAGAACAGAUAUGAUGGAAUGACCCCCCACUUUGCCGCUGCAGAAUCUUGUAAUUUGGAUGUCCUCAAAUACUUCAUUUCAAAUGGAGCUGAUGUGAACGAGGAAGAUGACAAAGGAAUGAUUCCUCUCCAUGGUGCUGCUUUUAACGGUAACAUAGAACUCAUGGAAUAUCUUAUUCAACAAGGUUCUGAUAUGAACAAGGAAGAUAACACAGGAUGGACUCCAUCCAAUGCUGCCAUUCAAAAUGGCCAUCUAGAAGCUGUCAAAUAUCUCAUAACUGAAGGAGCGAAGCAGAACAGAUAUAAUGGAAUGACUCCACUCUUCGCCGCAGCACGAUUUGGUCAUUUAGACAUCGUCAAAUUCUUCUUUUCCAAAAGAGCUGUUGUGAACGAAGAAAAUGAUACAGGACGGAUUCCUCUCCAUGCUGCAGCUGCUCGAGGCCACUUGGAAGUCAUGGAAUAUCUCAUUCAGCAAGGAUCUGAUGUGAACAAGGAAGAUAACGCUGGGUGGACACCAUUCAAUGCUGCUGUUGAACAUGGCAAUUUAGAAGCUGUCAAAUAUCUCAUUAAAAGAGGAGCGAAGCAAAACAGAUAUGCUAGUAUGACACCACUCUAUGCCGCAGCACGACUUGGUCAUUUAGAUAUCGUCAAAUUCCUCAUAUCCAAGGGAGCUGAUGUGAACGAAGAAAAUGACAAAUGGAUGAUUCCUCUCCACGCUGCAGCUGCCCGAGGCCACUUGGAAAUCAUGGAAUAUCUCAUUCAGCAAGGAUCUGAUGUGAACAAAGGUAACGUCAGGGGUUGGACUCCAUUCAAUGCUGCUGUUGAAAAUGGCUAUCUAGGAGCCGUCAAACACCUCGUAAGUAAAGGAGCGAAGCAGAACAGGUAUAAUGGAAUGACCCCACUCUCUACUGCAGCACAACUUGGUCAUUUGGACAUCAUCAAAUUCUUCAUAUCUAAAGGAGCUGAUGUGAUCGAGGAAAAUGUGAAACGGAGGAUUUCUCUCUCCCCUCUUCAUGCAGCAUGUUACAAUGGCAGCAUGGAUGUCGUGAAAGUUCUCGUUCACCACAACGCUAAUGUCAAUGAACAAGAUAAUGAUGGAUGGACACCACUAGAAGCCGCUGCACAAGAAGGACACCAAGACAUAGUCGAUUACCUUGCAUUGAAUGGAGCAGUCAUGCACAUGAAGGACAUAGAUGGUUUGACGCCGCUCCAGGCAGCAACAUUCACAGGUCAUGCACAUGUAAUAGAAGGCAUCUCAUCACGUAGGGAAGACCCAGAUGUGGAAGAAAUAGGGGAUCCACGACCUGGAGGCCACCAAAAUCUAAUCACAAGAGGAUAUAUCACGGCGAUAAUAAAGGAUGCAGACACACAGUCACGUACAGUAAAGUUAACAUCUCAAGUAGACUUUGCAGAGGAGAUGAACUGCAAUCAAGCUGAUAAUGCAAAGAGAGGAGCCGAUAAACUCUCCUUGAAGAAUAUUUCCACAGGGACCCAUGAUGAUGAAAAAGAUAAAGGUCGUCCAAACGUAAAUGAACACCUCUCCCCACGUACAGGUGACCCGAAUGAGGAAGAUACAGAAGAUCCACUAUCCGGGGGCCACCACUAUGGUGCUAAACAUUUCGCCACAAUAGGUUAUGCGCAUAAGAAGGUGAUACAAAUGGAGGGGGUAGACACUGUAGAGGAUGGGAAUGACGGCAAACAAGCUGAUAAUGUGAAAAGAGGAACCGAUGAACUCUCCUUGAAGGAUCUCCCCACAAGGACCCAUGAUGAUGAAAAAAGUGGCAGAGAAGAACACAAUCCUUUCAUUUAUGCUAAGCUGAAACAUCCAGAAAAACCUGAACAAGAUCCAAUGCUAGAUCAGAUUGAAGAAAUGAAGAGCCCCGUGACAAGAAAUUACACAGACGGUUCUUCCCCGCAUGGAUCUCAGACGUGGCAAUACAGCGGUUUCGAUACACCCUUUCUACAAACCAUUGGGAAUGACGGUCAUCCCUCUGAAGACUCGAAAUCGACAUGUCAAUCACUAAUUGACAAAAUCAGGGAAAUGAGCGAAUCUCCUUCACCGAUGAAUGCUGGAAAUGAUCUACCAAUCAACGACACAUCAGAGAUUGAGAGGUACUAG